AUUUGUACUGCCUGUUUACAUCUUGUAUUACGGUAAAACAUGGACGCUACAUCCAUGAGCUGCCAGUGAGGCUUGUUGGGAUAACUCUGUGCUCCUCUGGUCUGUGUUACAACAGUGUUCACGAUGAUCACUCCUGCGUUCGACCUGAGCCAAGAUCCUGAGUACCUGAUCCUCAACAUCCGUGUGCCCUACACCAGGACAUCAGAGUUUGACCUUUACAUUGAUGGCACAGAUUUCAAGUUCUAUGCCAAGCCCUAUUUUCUCAGAUUAUCUCUUCCUGGAAGAAUAGUGGAGGAUGGGAGAGAAAAGGCCAAAUUUGACAUUGAUAAAGGUCUCUUCACUCUCCGGGUCCCUAAGGAAACAAGCGGAGAGCACUUUGAAGGACUUCAGAUGCUGACAAGUCUCCUCGCCCCAAAAGGUUCCCGCUCAGCAAAACCACUGGUAGAGGAGCUGAGCACAGGAUGCAGUGAAAGCACUGGAGAUGGUGAAGAGGACGACGAGGAAGAAUUUGACUGGCAGGUUGAGCAGGAGGUGUACAGGGAGUGCUCUGAGGAGGAGCUGAGAGCGCUGCAGACAUACGGCUUUGGCAAUCAGAGGUCUGGAGUGUUUGCAAGAUUACAGGAGGAACUGAGCGACGUGACUGAUGUCAAAAACCCAGAAGGAACAACGGCAGCAGAGAGGAGGAGGGCACGGCUGGACGCAGAGGCGUCUGCUUUUUCUCCUGACCAUUACCUGGCUGAUUUCUUUGAGGAUGACGAGAUACAGGGGCUGCUGAAGUUUAAGCCAUGGUGGUCGAAGCUGAGUCCUUCUGCAGAGCGGGAGGGAGAGGCUGCUGUGUCAUUUACUGACGCCGAGAAGGAGCAGCUGAGGAAAUUCACCAACCGCUCCUACCUGCUUGACAAGACGUCUCGUCACCAAGCGUGGCUCAGCCUCGUGGACAUCCUGCUGGCUUAUUCCUAUGAAGUGCGCUCCACGGAGGGAGAGCACAAUGUAGAGUCAUCGUGGACAAUCAGAAAACUCAGCGGGACUCUCUGCUGGCUGGAGACGUACAGCUCCCUACAGGACGUCCUGGUGUCAUUCGGACGGAGGGUUUUGUGCUACCCACUCUACAGGCACUUUGCCAUGGUCUCUGCAGCUGUCCGAGACACAACUAAGAUUUUGCAGUCGGGGAAAGCCUGCGUCCUCAAAUGCCUGCUGGAUAUUCACAAAGUCUUCCGAGAGAACGACCCGGCCUACAUACUGAACGAUCUGUACAUCACAGACUACUGCAUCUGGAUCCAGAGGGUCAAGUCCAAGAAGAUGACAGCCUUGGCCGUGACGUUACAAAAAGCUUCCCUGCGGAAAAAAGACUUGAAGCUGGAUCUCGAGGAGCUAGAGGAGGCAGCGAAAAUGGUGGCAGAGGAGGAAGAAGAAGGAGAGCACGGAGCUUCCAAGAGCACUCCGAUAUCCCGCGGUGACAGCAGCAGCACUUCUAGUGACAGCAGCAGCAGCGACUCAUCUGAUGACAGUGAGGAAUCUGAAGAGGAAGGCUGCACCGACUCCAACCAGGGAGGAGGAGGGACGUCUAAGGACAACCCUCCACAGUCCCAUUUCAGCUCCGCUGCCUCUCCCAUCCCCCAGGAGCCCACAAGCUCACUCAUCUCAGCGCAGAGGAGAGUGGACGCCCUCCCCUCAGCUUCAGUAGGCUCCAGGCAGCUCAUCCAGGAGCUGGGGGAGCUGAAAAUCUCUCAUGACUCGAGCUACAAAGCAGAAAGGAGCUGCUCAGAGCCCAGCAGCGCCGCCGCAACAACUCAAGUAACAUCUGGGAGGAGCAGCGGUGGGACUCUGUUAGAGCCGAGUCCUCGCAGAAACCCUCUGCUCAUCGUCCAAACCCGGGAGGAUCUCGAUGACAGUGACUUGGUUUGCUGACAGAAACUGGCGUGGAGCCUUAAAGACACUUUUUGAACUGUUGAAUCCAUGUAAGUGAUGUAAGAAACGUGUGUUUGGUUUUCAAACAGUUUAUUUCUAUUUUUGGAUUUUUUUUUUUUUUUAGUGCUUCUUCUUGCCUUUGUAAAACUGCGCUUUGAUUUGCAGCGCUUUAACCCUGCUCUAGAGGACAAUUUUAUUUACAUAAAGAAUGAUAUUUUUGACUCUAAGAAUGUGCCAAGUCUCAUUAAAAUCCUUAUUCUGUAUGUUUCUUUUAACGAGCGUUGGAGGACGGAAUUAGAGGCAGCAUAGCGUCUCCUGUCUUGCCUCGUUUGUUUUCUGACUCUUGCUCUGGCAGCUCUAUAUCUAGCUGCCUUACAUGUUAUACAAACGUUUCUACUCUCUGAACAUACUGUGUUUGAUCCUAUAUGAAUUGUAUAUGCUCCUUUUUAAUUAUUGCAAAUUACUCAACAGUGUUUGUGGUCUAAAUGUAGCUCACUGACAUCCAGCAGUGUAGAACUUCUCUUCUACUACCCGUUUGAAAACAUUCAGUCUAUAUGACCAUGUUGAACUCUGAUGAACAAAACAGGAACAUCAUUCCAGGAAAGGGACAACAUCUGUCAGUAUUUGUUGCUGUACAUCACUCAGCCAGCGUGCCUGCUAGAGCUUCUUGUAGGGAGCCGUUCUUUCCCUAAUAAAUAGCAGGAAAAAGCACUAACCUCUUCCUAAAGCCCUAGCAUUGAUUGAAGUGGAAAAGACUCUGCCGGCACUAAACAGGUCUGCGGAGCACGCGGGAGUGAUUGAUUCAUCUGGCAUGAAUGGAGGAGCGCCGUCAACACAGCUCAAUAUCAUCGGCCGCGUCUAGCAGGCGAGAGAAAACAAACAAGGAAGCACAUGUCAGGCAGAUAGAUGAGGGCUGCGAGCGGGGCCGUGGCGCGGGAGCCGUUUGUUUGAGAGAUAAGAGCACCCCUGGGCCCCGAGGCAGCCGCGAGAUAGAGGAGCAUGCGGCCCGACAGAGGCAAGCUGACACUGACCGGCUCAGGCGCAGAGACGUGCUCACAGCGGCGGCAGCUAUUUUCAACCACACUGUAAUAAAAUAAUUUUAAUCUGUGUCCCCAGAGAGGACUUGGUGUUGAUUACUGUGAUUGAAGGACAGGGAUGAGAUUCAGAAAUGACCCAAAUUAGCAGAAUUUGUCAGGUUUUGUGAUCCUGAUGGAUCGUCGCUGGCCGAGGGAGUGAUUGAUCAGGCACCGGCGCCGUGUCGCCUCAGGCUUCUUUUUUCCAAGGAGAGUUUCAUCCUGCAUGAAUGAAGGCGGCUCAGGAGCCAACGGUGAUGAUGGCUCCCUAUGUAGGCGCUAUCUGUAGUAUUGUGUUACGAAGACGGAUGGUGUUGUUAAGCACCUCCCAAGAAGAGACGGCCUCCUUGCAACACCUCCUUUGGGAGCGAGCGCCAUCAUCGCCGUGUCUGAGAUGAGUUACGCAGUGAAAGUCAGCCCAUUUAAAACCCCCUUCCGUUCUAGGGGACAUGAGUCCAGGGACUGCGCAGCCCCCGCAGGCGGUGGUUCCCUCUCCCCGCCGGGGUUUCACAUUGAUUAAGUGACACGGCGCUCUGUUGCCGUUUUUCAUUUUAAAGUGGCCUCCAUAUUCCCCCAUUAGUGCAGCCGUCUCGGAGCCUGACCGGGGGAUCCGCGGCCAGGCUCUGCACUUCACUGGCUUCUUCUGCAAUUAAUACUCCCCGCCGACGGACAUUUUUCAUGAGACUGGUUUAAUGACGGGAGCUGAUAAAUUAUACAAGGCCGUAAUUAAUGUGACGUCUAUGCUCUAUUUUGACUCAGAUUUGAUUAAUCAGGCCCUUACUCGUGUAGUGAGUGCGCCCUUUGACCCUCGUGGGUCUCAGAAAGUGGAGUAAUGUGUUCGGGACUCAUGUGGGCCACCGUGGUAAUUAGCCCAUUAGCAACAGCACAUGUCUAAUAAGGAAGUCUACUCGGGCUCGUGAUGUAUUUGCCUUUAACCAACCCAUGUGAUGGAGACGAACGAGUACCACUUGUGCAGCGAUGGUCCCAUACUGACCUGCAGACUUGAGAUUGACAUUUGAUUGUAUUGCUUAAUGUGUAAUAUUUCUUUUUCAGAUAAUUCCUUUUUGGUUUUUUAUAUGUUGUUAUCAGGACACUGCAAUGCUGUCAUUGGUCUUCCCUGUUUAAAUAAAGGAAAUGAUGAUGAUGAUCUGCA